UUUUAUCACACACAAGUAGCUUUUUCCAGAAAAGCUUGUCCCAGGUGGAGAACCAAAUGAGCCUCAAAAUUCCGAAUUUUUACCAUCAAUCGCCAUUGUCGACACCUCAGUCGGGAGCUCAGAGAAAAUUCUCGAUUCCUCGUCACCGAGGAUGGAAGCGCCGGAAAUUGAAGCUCAAAUCAACUCAAAACCUAUCUCUCACAAUCCGAUGCCACUUCAAUUUCAAUUUCUUGGACUCCUCGCCUUUCGAAAAUCUCUUCCAGAGCUUAUUUUCUCAGUUUUCCUCUGCGAAUUCCCUCCACUUACUCGCCCCCGCCCUAGGUCUUGCCUCUGGCGCGGCAAUUUUUUUCUCUCAAUUUAGCGAGAAAUCGGAAUUGAUGAGAAUUCCGAGAAAACAUAGGAAUAAUAAGUUCGUUGGUGACUGGAUAUUGUUUACGAGUCCGACACCGUUUAAUCGGUUUGUGGUGUUACGAUGUCCUUCGAUAUCAGUCGAGGGGAGCGAAUUAUUGGAGGAUGUAAAUGAGAAGCUUAUGAAAGAAGAUAGACACUUUGUAAGGUUGAACAGAGGGAGAAUUCAAGUGAAGGAAGGUGAUGUGGAGGAGGCAGAGAAGUUGGUGUAUCAGAGAGUUUGCGUGGGGACGGAGGAUGGAGGAGUCUUGUCCUUAGAUUGGCCGGCGAAUUUGGAUUUGGAGGAGGAGAGAGGGUUGGAUACGACUAUUUUGAUCGUUCCGGGGACGGCAGAAGGGAGCAUGGAGAAGGAUAUUAGGGAGUUUGUGUGUGACUGUCUUAGGAGAGGGUGUUUCCCGGUUGUCAUGAACCCUAGGGGGUGUGCUGGUUCACCACUUACGACGCCACGGUUAUUUACAGCUGCUGACAGCGAUGAUAUCUCCACAGCUAUACAGUUUAUCAAUAAGGCAAGGCCAUGGACAACAAUGAUGGCUGUUGGCUGGGGUUAUGGCGCAAAUAUGUUGACCAAGUACCUGGCAGAAAUAGGAGAGAAAACACCUCUUACAGCUGCAACAUGCAUAGACAACCCUUUUGACUUGGAGGAAGUGACAAGAUCAACUCCAUACCAUAUCUUCUUAGAUCAGAAGCUUAAAACUGGCUUGAUUGAUAUAUUGCGUUCAAACAAGGAACUGUUUCAAGGCCGUGCAAAAGGUUUCAAUGUCGAGAAAGCUCUUUUGUCAACCUCUGUACGAGAUUUUGAGAAAGCAAUAUCCAUGGUAUCUUAUGGUUUUGAUGAGAUUGAAGAUUUUUAUGCAAAAUCUAGUACUCGAGACAUGAUUGGAAAAGUGAAGAUUCCGCUUCUUUUCAUACAGAAUGAUAAUGGGACAGUUCCAAUAUUCUCUACUCCACGCAGUUUGAUAGCUGAAAACCCAUUUACCAGUCUCCUUUUGUGCUCUUAUUUGCCAUCUAAAGAAAUCACAGGCAGCAAAUCAACUGUAUCCUGGUGCCAGCAUCUCACUAUUGAGUGGCUUGCAGCUGUGGAGCUUGGACUUUUAAAGGGUCGACAUCCACUCUUGAAAGAUGUUGAUGUUACCAUCAAUCCCCCCAAGGGUCUAACACUGGCUGAAAGCAGAGCAUUGCACCAAAAUGGCAGAGUGAACAAGCUCUUGAAUGUUCCAAACUUUGAUGCUUUAGGAUUGAAAGAUGUUGAUGUUACCAUCAAUCCCCCCAAGGGUCUAACACUGGCUGAAAGCAGAGCAUUGCACCAAAAUGGCAGAGUGAACAAGCUCUUGAAUGUUCCAAACUUUGAUGCUUUAGGAGUGCAUUCCCUUAAUCUUGGAAAAGAUAUAUUUGAAGCAGGCGAUACUAGAGCUAAAAUUUAUUCAAGAUCUAAACAAGAAUCAAAAGGACUACGACCAGAUAAGGAUUCAUUAGGCCAAAGUAGUUCUAUAGAUGCACAAUUAGUGAGAGAGGAGAUUACAAAUCCUGAUGAUGGUGAAAUGGGCCAGGUCCUACAGACUGCAAAAGUUGUUAUGAAUAUGCUAGAUGCUACAAUGCCCAACACACUGACAGAAGAACAAAAGAAAAAGGUCCUCAGUGCUGUGGGUCAGGGGGAGACAUUAAUUAAUGCUUUGCAAGGCACUGUUCCUGAAGAUGUUCGCGGAAAGCUUACAACUGCUGUUUCUGGUAUCCUGCACAGUGAUCCAAAUCUAAAAAUUGAUAGGCUCCUGAGCCUAGGACGAAUUCCUGACAUGGCAUCACGAUUGAAGUCAAAAGUGGAAGAGAAAACUGGACAGCCUAGCACAGAUAAUGGGAAUGAAGAUCCUCAACCUUCAGCUCAAUCACAAAGGACUGAUGACUUUGCAGAUGUGUCUAAAAUUAGCAAAGACAAGACCUCUGUGGGACCAGAAUCUGAACCUCAGGCAUCAGAGUAUGGACAACAAUCUGCUAACUCCAACCAUCUUCCGAUGACAAAUGGUAAUGCAGGUGAGAUUCUUGAUUCAGAUAAAAAGGCUACAAAUGACUUGGGAAAUCACAUGGAAAAUAUGGACUCUUCUAGAGAUAGAACUGGUUUAGGUUCUGAUUCUUUGGUAAAUGGGUCAGAAACAGUUUCUAAGCCCGAGUUGCCUGGUAGGUCUGAAGGAACAGUCAACGCUGAGGACAUGGUCAUUGAACAACACAAAGAGAAUGACAGUGGGAAAGGUCAGUCAUCCAUGAAAGGGGAGAGCAGUAGCGAGGAAGAUAGUGUAAAAACUGCUGAAUCUUCUCAUCUUGACCAAACAAUAAGUAUGCCAGCUGCUCAGACAGAGGACAGAUCUUCUGCUCCAGUUCCCAUGUCAGAGAGCCAAAUCCAGGAAAAAGAAGGUGAUAGUAGUCUUAAAAGAGAAGAAAACAGCGUUCAGGCUGGUUCAGCUGAAUAUGAUUCUAAGCUUCCAAGCUUUGAUGUUUCUCAAGCAUUUGAUGCUUUUACAGGAAUUGAUGAUUCCACGCAAGUGGCAGUUAAUAGUGUAUUCAAUGUAAUUGAGGACAUGAUCACACAAUUAGAAGAAGGAAGAGAGAAUGGUGAUGGAGCCAAGGAUAGUACCGAUGAAAAUCAAAAGAGAGAAAACAUUGGAUAUGAACCCAAAGAAAGAGGUGAAACUCAGGACCAGAAAGUUGACCCAACUGCUCAGAACCAGUUUACUGAUGAUGACCACAAAUUGGAAAAGCAGGAGGAGAACAGAAAUGAAAAGAGCAUACCUUGUCACAGUUCAUUUGGUAUUCAUACUUCUAAAGAAUUUACCUCCAAUGACCACACUGGAAGAGAUCCUGCUAUAAGCAGUGGUACUGAUACCAAUCUCUCUUGGGAAACCCACUCAGAGAGUUAUAAAAGGGAAGGAAAUGGAAGGAUUAAAGAUUUGCCCACGAGAAAGCUGUCAACAGAAAGUCUAGUUAGAUAUUUAAAUGUCAUUUAUCAACCCAAUUUGUCGUCUGUAACUACAAACUUAUAUGGAGACCAUCUUUACAAAGAGGUUCUUCAAAAGUAUUUGAUGUCAAAAAUGAGCAAUACCAAAACACUAGAUAUGGAUACAACAGCAACUUUAUUUCUUGACUACUCUCCAGAAGAAGGUAAGUGGAAACUUUUGGAGGAACCACAAAAUAACAGUGACAACAUUCAUGGUGAUAUUACUGAUGUAAAAGGUGAAACUGAAGCUGAGACCAAUUUUAGUACAGAUGUAGACAGUAUUAUAGAGCCAUCAUAUGUUAUAUUUGAUUCUGAUAGACAAGAGGAAAGAGUUGAAAAGUGCAAAAAAACACACACUAGAGUGGGUAUUGGUGAUGACAAUUUGGAGGAACUACUACUCUUGGUUAAAGGUAUCAUAUUGGAUGCUUUAAAGCUUGAAGUUGAACGAAGGGUAAGUGACAAAGAUAUAGAAGAAAUGCAGCCCAAACUUGCCAAAGAUUUGAAUCUAGUUGCCAAUUCUGUCUGUCUGUCAGUAGGGCAUGAUGAGCAGGUUUUUAUCAUGAGAGGAAAAGAUCUUACUUUGGAUAAAUUUGGGACACUUGAAGGACAGCAUAUAAUAAGAGCAAUAACUUCUGCUGUUCAGGAAACCAGUUAUUUAGGAAGAGUUUUGCCAGUUGGUGUUAUUGUUGGGUCUAGCUUAGCUGCCUUGAGAAAUUAUUUUGAUGUAGCUGCAUUAAAUGGUAAUAGCCAGAAUGAACACCUGAUACUUGAUCAAGUGGAAAAAUCAAGGAAUAUAAAUCAUACUCGAUUAACUAUGAAAGAGGCUGAUAAAAUGGUUUCUGGAAAGAUAUAUGAGAAGGAUGACUGGGAUAGUUCAGCUGACAAGUGUAGCCAAAGUAGUGCAAUUAACAGUUCAAAUGGAAAUACUGUUAUGAUCGGUGCCGUCACUGCUGCUCUGGGUGCUUCUGCUUUGCUCGUAGAACAAAAGAGUUCUGGAACUACAGAAACUUUAUUGAAGCCCUUGGAGGAGCAAGAUAGUCAUUUCAAGGGCCCCAAUAAUGAGGAGGAAAUGUCUGAGAAAACCCAGAAUAACAUAGUCACAAGCCUAGCUGAGAAAGCUCUGCUGGUUGCUGCUCCUAUGGUACCCACAAAGGAAGGUGGCGGAGUGGAUCAUGAAAGGCUUGUUGCAAUGUUGACAGAACUAGGACAAAAGGGUGGCAUUUUGAAGCUUGUAGGCAAAAUUGCUUUGCUUUGGGGUGGUAUACGUGGUGCAUUGAGUUUGACAGACAAGCUCAUCUCAUUUCUACACGUGGCUGAACGGCCAUUGUUUCAGAGAAUUUCUGGGUUUGUCUUGAUGGUGCUUGUUUUAUGGUCACCCGUUGUUGUUCCAUUGCUUCCAACACUUGUGCAAAGCUGGGCAACACAUAACUCGCCCAGGAUUGCAGAGCUUGCUUGCCUUGUUGGCCUCUGUGUUUCCAUUAUGCUGAUGGUUACCCUAUGGGGCAAAAGAAUUCGCGGGUAUGAUAAUCCUCUUGAGCAAUAUGGGCUGGAUUUGACUUCACCAUCAAAGGUCCAACAUUUUGCGUACGGUUUGAUUUGGGGAGUCAUGCUUGUUCUGCUGAUACAUUAUGCAAAUUUUGUUUCUGGAUUUGUCCACCCAUCUAUGCCUACCUAUCUUUCUUCAUCAUCUUCAGAUGCUGUUACAUGGCUUAAAGUGUGUGGGAGACUUCUUUGGUUAGUGUUUCGAGGACUUGCAACAGCAACUGGUGUCGCAAUUGUCGAGGAGUUGCUCUUUAGGUCAUGGUUGCCUGAUGAAAUUGCUGCUGACUUUGGAUAUUACCAUGGGAUCAUCAUAUCAGGACUUGCAUUUUCUUUGUCACAGAGGUCCCCAUGGGCUAUACCAGGGUUAUGGUUAUUGUCACUAGGUCUAGCAGGCGCUCGACAAAGAAGCCAAGGGAGCCUAUCCCUUCCAAUUGGGCUUCGUGCAGGAAUAAUUGUAUCUAGUUUCAUCUUACAAAGAGGUGGGUUUUUGACUUACAGUCCCAGUCUUCCAAAUUGGCUCUGCGGUUCUCACCCUUUUGAACCUUUUAGUGGGAUUGUGGGUAUUGCGUUUUCUCUAGCAUUGGCUAUUAUUCUUUAUCCUAGGCAACCUCUUCUUAGAAAGAAAUCUGGGGCCAUCAGGGAGUUCUCAGAAGGGACUGCAAGGGAAAGAUGAGAAAGCAGAGAACUAAGAGGACACUGGAGAGAGAAAGUGUCAGUGAACUGCUUGCAAUUUUCAUCAACUUCACGGACUUUUGGUAUCUUGCAGGGGUGUACAACCAAGUGUAUAGCUUUUAAAUUUCGAGAAGUAGCGUACAGGGAAUGAGACAAAUUUUGUAAUAUGGAACGGUAAUUUCUGUAAAUAGUCAUAGAAAGAGAUACCCCGUCAAUUUCUGCCUGUAACUCUGAUGACGCUGGGAGAAUGUAAGUUUUGCAGUCUGAAGUAUAAUGGAAUUGCCAACAGUAAAUACUUUUUCACUUUUUUGGCAAUAGAGGUUGGUAUGGAAAUAAUUAGAGUGUAUGAUGCUCAAAUUCUUUCACCUAA